GAACCGUUCUCGCCCGAAGCCGCAAUUAAGGCUGGAGGCCUGGGAGCGGCUCUGCUCAAGGAAGCAGGAGGCAUCGAAGAGGCUGUUAAAGCAGUCAACAACGCGAGGGUACAGAGGCUAGGAGACUAUUUCAAAACCGCCAAAAAGGCGUGGAAGGACGCGGCGUAUGGCGCUGCUCUGUUCGUGGACCCAAAUGACCCAGCGGUGGAGGAGUUGCUCAGAAAGGCUCAGGUUGCGGAGAGUCCCCUUGGCCGUGUACCAAAGCAGAACCCCGACCGCACCAUAUCGUCACAGGACAGGCCCUUCAACGAUAUGCGCCGUCAGAACGAGGCAUCCCUCAAAGGUGCGCCAAAAGAGACGUCCCCGGGGCCUUCAAAUGGCACUUUCUUCGCCCGAUCCCCCGGCGAGUUUGUAGCGUGGAGCUCAGCCGCUCGAAGUCACCACGGGGCGCACCGCCCUAAUGACCCUGCCUUCGAUGACGUGGUGCCCUUUGAAUCCAAGUGGCUCAUGGACGACGGAGUGGCGGUAGAACCCAUGGUAGGUACUCGCAUCCAGCAAUCCCUCGAUUUGCUUGACGCCACAAUGAAACUAGUUUGGGGCCCAGAAGGUGUGAAUGUCGAGAAGAUGGCUGAGGAAGGCGAGCCUUAUUCCACUUCGCAACUGCUAUGGGGAUUACACAUGGACUUUGACGACUUGACGGUCACCCUGCCGGAGCCAAAGAGGAUCAAAGCCAAGUAUCUCCUGAGUGAGCCGGCCUUAGCUCGUGGGAAUAGGCAGUUGCCUCUUGGCCUACUUCAGGAAGUGAUCGGCUGCGCGCAGUACUGGUCCGUGGUUUGCCCUGAGUUAGUGCCGCACUUGCCGUCCCUUUAUCAUCUUCUCAAGGGGAAUCUUCAGGGCACUGGAAAGUCUGCCAAAGCCAGGAAGCAGGACACGUACCUCCAAGUUGAGGCUGCCUCAGAGCGUGAAGAAACUCGUCGGUGGGAGGACUUCUGGGAUGCGCUCGACUUUGUUCGAUUGCAGUUGGAAUCCCCUCUCACAACGAGCUUUUCGUCCGCAUUUGAGAAGCUUCUCCCACUCCGCGAGAGGUUGGCAUUGCCAGGCGUGACCGCCCGAACGCGCGUCACCGGGGGCGAUGCCACCGUGACCAGGAUUGGGGCUCUGGAUUGGAAAUCGAAAGCUUUCCAUGCCUCGGAGACUGGGCAAUAUGUGGACACCUUACGGAAAAUGGCCGACGCCGAGGACGAGCUCGAGAUUAUUUCCAUCAUGGAGCUGCUGGCGUUCGUAGUGCUGGCCUGCGAGAGGGGCGACCACUGGCAUGGGGAGCUUGUCCUGUAUGUGACGGACAACGCUAACGUGCGGUCUUGGCUGUUUAAACGAAGGCCUAGCAAUCGAACAGCCGGGCUCUUGAUUCGACUGGUCCAGCGUCUGGAGGCCGAGCGGGGGUUCACCGUGCACCCAAUCUAUAUCCGAACUUACCGGAACCAACUGGCCGAUUGGUUAAGUCGCGAAGAUCUCCAGCAAGCCAGCCAGGAGCUGGAACGACAGGGUUGGGUGAAUGGAGACGAAAGGGUUUACCUCCUGAAGCGGCUAAAGGAAGAGGCAAGAUGGCGCCGGCUGCUGGUGGACGCCCCCCGGCAUCUUGAUGGGGAAGCAUUAGGUCAUUUGGUGCUGGCAGGGAUUGGGGCAGAGGAAGCGGCCCGGAUGCUCCCGGGGACUUUCGUCCAAGAGCCGAACAUUGUGACAACCGGCGAUCCGAGGCACAUCAAGGUUCUUGUUGGGGGCGAGAUCGCCCUUCGUGAGUUAGCUAGGGAACCCGGCUGGCAAGUCGCGGCCACGUUGCUGGGGCUCUGGGUUGAAGGCCUGAGAAAGGCUGGCAAUUGCCUCGACCCCGAUGAAACCCAGGCCUGGCAGCAAAUGGAGAUCUGGCUGGCUGCUUGGCAGAGAGACCCCGAAUGCUCUCGGAACCAGCUCCAGCUGAUCUCCGCUCAUUGUCCGGUGUCUCAGGAGUUGGAACCCUCAGCUUGGCAAACCGAGCCAGACACCCGAGCAGGAGGAGCGAGCCGCACACCUGAGGACAAAGCGUUGGUGGCACCCGCGCUGCUUGGAGAUGCUCGCGAGGCUUUCUUCCGGGAUUGUGGUCUUCCUAGCACUCCCCAAGUCGCUUGGCUCGAUCAGGUCGGUCAAGAUGCUGCGCUAAGUAAGUUAGCCGACUCCACUCGUCGGUCUUACAACGCGGGAUGGAAGCAGUGGUCCACCUUCAUGAGUGGAACCGGGGUGCCUGCUUUUCUCUGCGGUGAAACUCGAGCUGAGAAGCAACUGGACGAGACUUGGCUUGUUAGGUUUGUGGUAUUCCUACAUGAAACAAUGGGGCGCACCGCCCAAGGAAUCCGGCAGAGGCUCUCUGGAAUCCGGUACGCCCACAUAGCUGCUGGAUAUCCUGACCCCUCGUGGGUCCCGGUCACCCCCGCCAUGCUAGGGUGGAUCUUCUCCUACCUCCGCAGCUCAAAUCGACCGGAAUCCGAGAAGGAACCCCCGGACGAGUGCUUCGAGGAGGCCGAUUCCUUAGCUGUCCAGCUUAGAGUGGGAGUUACUCGGGAGCAGGUGUCGGAAUUGCUACGUGUGGCGGCGGUCGCGUUGGGCUACCCCGCCCAUCUGGUGGCUUCUCACAGUCUGCGGAAGGGAGGCGCUACCGCCAUGCUGUCUGUGACCGAUGAUGUCGAAGUGGUCAAGAGGUUUGGAGGCUGGAAGUCGGACGCCAUCCAUGCCUAUCUUUACACCGACAUGGCUCAUGCCCCCGAACGGGCAAGCCAGAUGUUGAGGUCUCAACGGGUUCUCCAGCCCCGCCAAACUGCCGGGCCCACGACCCUGACAUCGGGCCGUGGGACUCGAUGCGGGGGGCCCAAGGAGACCCAGCCCCAUGAUUGGGAAAGGGAAGAGUUUGAGACUGACGAUGAGGACUGGCGCUCCGCCCAAGCAAAGCUCGAAGAGACCGAGAGGCGAUCAGGGUUGACUUUUGUGCAAAGGGUUCGUCUUCGUCGUCAGAUUGCAGCUGGAGGUGUCGUGGAGCCCCCGACGUUUUUGCAAAGGUUUGGGGGCAUCCGGGAAUGGUUUGAGGCCCCUAGCCAGGCUCGAGGUUCACAGGACCCCCCAGCUGAGACCCCUGAUGCAGAAGUCGCUGCGGAGCCACCGGUUGAAGAGCAGGUCCCAUCUGAAGCUGCCGGUGGUCAGUCUGCUAGCGCGAGCGUAGUUGAGCCGUAUGUGAGAGAGGAGCCGAAUGACUUGCGUCUCGUUGGCCCUUUGGAUCCCUUAGCCAUCCGCUCGAACUUCGCUUCGCCCACUCCCGCACUUCCUCUCUUUGCUAGCCCAGCCAUGGAGGCGCGACCGGCAGCUGGAAUGGGGCGACAAUACCUUCGCACUUGGGUGGAGCAGUGGGGGAGCGCAUGGAAGUUCAUGCAGCUUUCUCCUGGCGCACCGCCCAGCGACGUGAUGAAGGCCUUCAAGAAGUUGGCGAUCCGCCUUCACCCAGAUAAGGCGGAGGUUGGCAACAGGGAGGAGGCGAGCGUGAAGUUUCAGGCCCUCGGCAACGCCAAGGAGAUCCUCCUCACGCCAACGCUCCGGGUUCUCCACGACAACAUGGUCGGUACUGGACCCACAGGCGUUCCGCCCCCUCCCUCUGUUCCUUCCUCGACGUCGCGAGGGGCGGUGCCCAAGUAUGGCACGCCUAUGUGGGGAGGUGAGCCGUCAUCCGCUUGGAAUGUCAGCUCGGACGAGGAGUACGAGUCGGAGGAAGAGAGCUGGGGGGGACACGCCCUGGGCAAGCACCCCCCACAGGCGGACGCUUCGCUCCAAGCGGGUUCGACCCUCGGACGUACAGGGCACCAACAGCGAAUUCUUAAGAAGGACGGGGGGAUCCAGGCCUUCUUCGUUCACCCCGACUUUUUCGUCUUCGGCGUCCUCCUCUUCGGCGAGACCGCCCCAGCCUCCGCCUUCGGCUACCCCAGCGGCACCUUCUUCGGCAAGAACAGGCGGACAGCCCCUGCCCCGAAAUGCGCCACCGCCCCGAAGAGCGCAGUUCCACCCAAAGCCCCCCCGGCGGCGAUCCUCGAAAACGCCAUUCGGUGGUUCUGCUGCGUCUGCGGUGAGGCAAAUCGUCUCAACCGCUAUGCGUGUAACGGGUGCAAUGCUGGAAGGUGGAAGCAUGAGCACCAUGUGGAGCGGGCUACACACUGGGUUUGUACACAAUGCCGCGCUGAAGUCACGAUCAAGCUCAACCGCUGCCCUGAGUGUGACAAUUGGAGGUCGCGGGGGGCCGAACUCAUAAACAACGGCCAAUCCAUGGAGGUCCUGAGUGGACACCCGCGCGCCGCCCAAGCUCUUGUCGUUCUUGAUCGCCGCCAAGUCGUCGACGAUGAGAAGGAGGAGCUGACGACGAGGCCCCUGGCGGUGAUGACUCAGCCCCAGGCGGAGAUCCUCCCGAUGGGCCCCCGCCCCCCUGCUGGCCCGGAGUACUUCAACAUCGGCAUUUUUUUGUUUCAAUUUGAGGAUGACUUCUACCGAGCAGCUCCUGGAGGUGGCUCUACAGCCUCAAGGCCCCAGUCGUACUACCCGGGCUUCUUUGCCGAGGCCGAGAUGCCAGAGGAGGAACCAAAGGCGCCACCGCCCGCUGCCCCAAGGAAAGCCAGGCCACUCACCGCCAAGACCGUGAAGCCCCUGGCCAUCGUGGUGCCCAAUGGCGAGGCGCUCUGGUUCACCCUCCGAAAGGUGGACUCCACCACGCCACGUUUGGCGGUGCCCUGGUCAGUCUUUCAGUAUCUACUCAUGUCUGACCGGGUGCUCAGUGGCUUCCACUCGUGGGGAUCAUGCUGGGAGGCCUUCAUCAAGGACGUGGCCCAGGACGUCCUUUUCUUUUGCCAGGAGAAGAGGCUAAUGUCGAGGCUGCGGGCUGCCAACGAAGGCGUUCCGCCCCUGGUGGAUUUGACCCUGACAGUGGAAGAGCCGGAGGUGAACCAGCCUCUCCCCAGCGCAUCACAGGUGGACCCCGCCGAGCUUUUUCGCAAUCCCAUGGGGAAGUGGACAGCUACUGCCCUUGGGUCCGAAUCAGCUGUGGACCCCGCCGGAGGUGAUGGAGCAGACGAUGGCGCUCAAGAUGCGGAAGCCGACCUCGACGACGAGCUCAACGACGACGAGAAGGCCGAGGUCCGCCGCAUCGAGAAGGAGUGCACCGACCUGGAGAAGCAGCUCCGCGGGUUAACGGCCACCCAACAGCGCGCUUUCUUGGAACGCCUGGCUGAUAAUAGUGUCCCAGUGGCGAUCCGCGCCAGCCAGGCAACCGCAGACCAGGACCCGAAGUACUUGGUCGAGCGAGCGGAGGUUGGUCACGUUGUCGCCUUCCAGAGGGCGCCGGGGGCGUUAGCGCCGAUGAUGUCGCUGGGACGUGAACAUCGACUCCGCCUUCUCCGACGUCUUCAUGAACUGGAACGGGCUGGAGUCGAGUGGACCCAGGAAGAGAUCGAGGCCUCCCUGACCAUGGAGCAAUUCCUCGACUACAUUGAGGAACGGGAGCAGGAAAAGGCGGACCGCGUAGCUUCGACAACAGCUUCAAAGGCAGCUGGACCAGCCACUGGCGGUGGAACCACCCCAGAGACACCUCCUCCUGCCGAACCAGUUGUCGGGCAACCACAUGGCGACAUCGCCCCGGAGACACCUCCUCCUCCACCCGAGCCAGAGGUGGUCCCGGAAACGCCCGCUCCGAAGCUCGAGCCGACUCCAAAGAG